UUUCUGCUGCGCCAGCAGGUUCUCCAGCUGUACCGUGACAUCCUGCGGAGUCUGCGCCAGGUCCCGGACCCCGAGCACAAGAAGUACCUCGUGGACUGGGCUCGCCAAGAAUUCAGGCAGAACAAGGGAGAAACUGAUGAGGUAGGACUGAAGGUAUACAGGACUGCUUUCUGAAGUUGAGGAAGUCAUCCGGAUGAUGUUAUCACGUGGACGUCUUCAGUACAAAGAGUUACAGAAGACCCUGUCCCUCGUCAAGUGAACCAGAACUCACAUUCAGAACUGUAGUCAUUCCAGUUAGCAGUUGUUGUCUCUAGAGAAACAUGGCUCCCCCCAAGCAGCGUAAGGUGGCCGUGAUGGGCUUCCGUGCCGUGGGCAAGUCUUCCCUCACCAUCCAGUUCGUGGAAGGUCAGUUCGUAGACUCUUACGACCCCACCAUUGAGAACACCUUCAACAAGACGAUAAAAGUCCGCGGACAGGAGUUUAACCUACAGUUGGUGGACACGGCCGGCCAGGACGAGUACUCGAUCUUCCCUCAGGCCUACACCAUGGACGUGCACGGGUACGUCCUGGUGUACUCCGUCACCUCGCGGAAGAGUUACGAGGUGGUGCAGGUGAUUCGGGACAAGCUGCUGGACCUGACCGGGGCCCAGAACGUCCCGAUCGUGCUGGUGGGCAACAAGACGGACUUGCACAUGGAGAGGGUGAUCCCACAGGAGGAGGGGAAGGGUCUGGCCGAGCAGUGGAAGUGCCCGUUCGCCGAGUCCUCCGCGAAGGAGAAGGAGAGCGUGAACUCUGUGUUCCAGCAGCUGAUCAUGGAGAUCGAGAGGCAAAAUGGCGGCGGCCAGCAGAAGGAAGAUUGCACUAUUCUGUAGGGGGUGUCAGGAUAUUGUAAAUCUAUACCACACUCUCUCCCCCAUGUAUGGUAUGGUUGAGUCCAUGCCAAAGUGGACAAGUAUGUUUAGAAGUGUUACCAAACUGGACAGCUUACUUGUAGUGCAGAACUUGUGUCCAAACAAACCAGGUUGCUAGUAUGCUUAACAAGACUUGACAGUUUUGCCAACCUAAUCAUAGCUUUGUAGGCUGUAGAUACAUGUAUAGGCAAGAUAGAUGUUAUUUUUGCCCCUAUGACAGAGCAAUGUAUGGCAGUGAUCAUGCUUAUACCAAACCAGCAGUGCUUUAUUGUGUUAGUACCAAUGAAUGGCUUCACCAAUGAAAAAGACGUUUGAUUUCUACACAUGGUAGUAUUCCUAAGGUUGUGGGGGAACAAGGUACACGUGUAUGUGGUGAUUUUACACACAUUACAUAGGAUGGCCUCACCUUUGCUAUUGUUUAUAUCUUAGUUCUUUUCUUGAAUGUACACUUGUAUUAACUUUCAUUGUCGUAGUGGCAUAUUUGGACUAACCAUAGCCGUUCUAGUGCUGAGUGAAAUGUUUCUUGGAUUCACCUGUGCAAAAAAGCUUGUAAUGCCGUCAUCAAAACAAGGUCAGACAUGUGAUCUUCAGACAAAUUAAGUCAAAGUAAGUUUUUUGCCCUGUUUCUUGUUAAUAAACUGGACAACACAUUUUUUGUCAGACAGUUUUUGAAUAAUGGAUAUAUAUAUGCGACAGAGUGCAGAGGUUCGAAAACAUACUUACAUGCAGUUUGUAGUUGCCAAUGUUUAAGGGACCGUCUGUCACCUUCCUCAGUGCAAUACUAACUGGUUCAUUCUAGUUUGCACCGCAGCUAGGUGUCACUGCUGCAGUGUGAAGACUGCAGUCCCAAACCUGAGUUGAUAUCCACCCUCAUCACUGCACCACAUCGCUGCGGUGCAGUAGAACCAGUCAGUAUUGGGACUCAUGACAUACAUUAAAGCCACAAUGUCCAAACAGGUUUUCUGACCCAUUAAUAUAGACUUUUGUGUUGUCUUCUUAGGUACAAACUAGCUUUAAGCGUAUUGGGCAAGUGUACAAGUUGGUCUGUGACCACAGAAACAUAUCUGUACUUUUAACACUUUGUUAAUGUAAAACAAUUUGGUGGUUUGUAAUUUAGGCAUUAUGACAGAUUUCUUUCAGUUUGCUGAUGGGAAAUUAUAAAUGAUGUAACCCACAAUCAGUACAUGUACUGUGCAAUGAUUGGUGGAGCCACAGAUAAAGGAUGUUGCUAGAAAUACUGCACCUAGUUUUCACCUGUUCUGUUGGAAAAGAAAUCGUCUGCAACAGGCAUGAUUCUGAUGCAACGUUGACCAAGCAUCCACCAAUGAAACCCGUGAAAAGUCCAGGUUUUGCACAGGCGCAGUACGUUCUGCUGACAUGUUCACAGACUCUGAACCCCCUGUACUGUUGUACUGUAGUUGUAUUGAGUGGAGUGCCAUUCUCAGUUUCUGAAAAUUUUGUUUCUGCUUGAUAUGAAUGAAUUUUUGAAAUCGGUAAUUUGAAACCCAUGUAGUUCUUAAGAUUUCCACCACUUUAUUAUAAGCUAUAAAAAGAUCUGAAUGUCACUCAGUACCAAUCUUGUGCAUCAUGGUUUAAUAUGCUUCUACACAUUGAAAGUUCCAGCUGUGAUAUUAACAUGAGGUGCUCCCUGGUAUCCGGUAGUGUGUUGUGUGUAGCAUGUCUACCUCUGUAACAGUCAGGGUACUACAGAUUAUUUUGCCUCCGGAGAAUUGGUGUCGCAAGCAAUAUUACAUAGUUACAACUAACAAACUACAUGUAUAACUAUAGUAGAAAAAUACUAACUUCUGUACAGCAGAAAUUCUUUGCACAAAUCUAGAAUCUGUAUUCUGACUAUUCACAUACCAACAUUUAUAGCUGAAUAUCAAAUAAAGAUGUACAAUACCUUUCUCUUCCUGAAAGGAAUGUACAGAACAUAGCAGCACAUUCGUAGACAGGGUACUGUUUCUCCUAGCACUACAUACUUGUAUAGAAGAGCUGUUGUUGAAAAACAGUGUACAUAAGUAACUAGUGUGUUACUUUGAAAAGUGACAAACAACUGUGCAACUGUCCAGCCAGUUUCCUGUGGUCUGACGUGUAUGAUUUCUGUUGCCUUUUAUUGUGGAAAAUAACCUACUACUAGUAACUUUUUCCAUUAAAUUCUGUGAGUAGCCAAAGGGGGAGGGGGGCAUGCUGUAUUGUGUAUGUAAGGAAUACUUUGCAACCUUGUGUAGUUGGUUCCUUUGUGGAUGAAAGGUACAAAAACCUUGACUUUGCACUCAAUCCGUAGUGACUGAUCGCUUUGAUAUCAUCUCACAGUCAUGAAUUGCCUCCUUGGCAUUGAAAGCUGAAAGGUAGCAAUAUACUAGUAUACAUUUUCCAUUCCUUUUGCUUUGUAUGAAUAGCUUACUGGAAUGGUUAUAUCCCCCCCCCCCUUUGUAGGAUGUAAAAAUUGACAUGCUCAAAGUCACUGGGAUGUGCAAUUACUUAACUCUUCAGCCUUUCUGUUGAUGAUGUAAUACGUAUGGUUGUGCACUUGAUGUUGGUAUGAGGACAGUGGUUGUGACAUAUUGUUUGGACAAGUCUCUUCAUUGUUAUGUUUGUAGUUUUCCUUUUUUUCUUCUUCCCAAAUGUUCAAAAUAAAAACACUCAAGUGUUCCAUUCAUUGUG